UACUUAUUGUUAGAGCAUAGCUGUCAUAGCACCUAAGAAACUCAUCAAAAAAUUCAACGUCAAAAAUGGCACCGCCAGAGCCGACUGUGUACGAUUUAGCUUAUCGUGGCAAGACCGCAGCGGUAAAGAUAUUAAUAAAUGAAAAUCCCAAGUUGAAAACUGACAUGGAUAGCAAUAACAGGAUGCUAAUUCACUGGGCGGCAUUAGGGGGUCACGAUGAAUUGGUCUCAUAUCUACUUUCUCUGGGACUUCCUACCGAUCCAAAAGAUGACAUGGACAUGACUCCGUUAAUUCUCGCUGCCUCUGGUGGUCGUGAAAAGGUCGUGAAUCUACUUCUAAACCAAGGAGCUGAUGUAAACGCAAAAACGAACGAUGGUCAUUCAUCCCUCCAAUAUGCUGCUUCCAAAAAUUGGAAAACAAUAUGUGCAGAACUACUCGAAAAAAAUGCAGAUAUCAACAUCACUGAUAAGCGAGGCUCCACACCUCUUCACAGAAGUGCCUCAAAGGGGAACUUAGCCAUUGUCAAACUCCUUCUGGAAUAUGGAAAGCAGUUGAAAAUCGAUCACAGAGACGUGUACGGAAACACUGCCUUACACCUGGCAUGCGAAGAAGAUCGUCAGGAGGAAGCUAAAUUGUUAGUUGCGAAUGGUGCCUCCAUAGCACUAACGAAUAAAGAAGGUAAAACACCACUGGAAUUGGGCAAUAUGAUAUUGGCCAAACAGCUGAAAGAAAUUCACGAUAAAAAUGUAAGCGUUUGACAAUUACAAAAUUCUCAGAUCCGCAAAGAACGAUAAUUUAUAUUUUAUUCCUCAUAUAUGUAUACCAUUGCUACGUUGAUUGUAUCUUCCGACAAAUAAAAGCAUCGUUUUUGUUAUAAAUUUU